ACAGUUGGACCGAGUAUCUGCUUGUUCACCCUUGCAACGUGAUGGACACCAAAACACUCUAACGGUGUUUUCUACAAACCAGAGGGACUGUGUUUGGUGGGUAAAGGGCAGCCCGCAGACUGACGCUUUCACUCAAAGUUACAGUAGAUGGUUAAUAGCAUGUAAAAACUUGAGAGUAUUAUUUAAAAACGAAAGAGACGUGGCCGUUAAAUAGGAACGCUUUGAGACUGUAAACUGAGUUCCAGUGCACUGCGGCGGCAAAGAGCACCAUGAGCGUCCCGCUUUUUGCACCAACUCCGAUCCAGCCGGCUCAUCCGACUCCCUUCUACAUCGAGGACAUUCUGGGGACGACUGCCUCCACUACCUACUCUCCUUCUAUUUCUUCAUCCUCCGCCUCUUCAUCCUCCUCCUGCUCUACGCUGACUAUCCCCACACCGACCCUUGCGUCGGCCAAUUCUUCGUUCACGAGUGUAAUCUCACCGUACCGGGCGCCGAUUUAUGAACCCACGCCGAUCCACGCGGCGCUGUCUCAUCAUGCAGCUGCAAUAUUGACUACGACGUACGCCACCGCCGGGGCUUUUGCUGGCCCCAUCUACCCGUUCCACCACCAGCACAACCGCUCCAUGGGGGAGUACGCCCAGGCUCUGCUGAGGCGCGACCCGCUCGGGAAGCCGCUGCUAUGGGCUCCCUUCAUGCAGCGGCCGCUGCACAAGAGAAAAGGCGGCCAGGUCCGGUUUUCUAACGACCAGACCAUUGAGCUGGAGAAGAAGUUUGAGACGCAGAAGUACCUCUCUCCUCCAGAGAGGAAGCGAUUGGCAAAGAUGCUGCAGCUCAGCGAGAGACAGGUUAAAACCUGGUUCCAAAAUCGACGUGCGAAGUGGCGAAGACUGAAACAGGAAAAUCUUCAGGGAGGUAAGAGAGAGCUGGAGAAUGACAGUCCAGCUGGGAGGAGUAAUAAAGGUGAUGAGAUGAUCGAGUCGACCGUGAUGCAGAGCCCGGAACAGAAGCAGACAGUCUAUGUGCGCUCUGUGUCCCCGCAACACCUGCACACAGCAAUGGACUCUAACGUGACAUCAGACGACACUGACCAGGAGCUAGACAUGGUGGACGACGAAGAGUACACACGGUAACUGCAGUUCUGAAGGGUUUCGACACUGGAUCCAAUGGACAUUCAGAGUUGGAUGAUGAAGGCCAGCAGAAUCUUCUCACACCUGAUUCUGCUCACUCAUCUCCAUUCAGACAGCUUGACAAAAUAAUCACUGGUGUAAUAUUUAGGUAAAGUUUACAUCACUUAAUCCUCCCAUGACAUGUCUUUUUGUAUAUAAAACAUAUUCGUUUUGAUUGUCACUUUGUUAUAUUGAUCACGGUAAAUGACUUGUAGUGUAUGUUGUUCUUAAUUUAGGCUGUUGCCUUAAAAUAUGAUAUAUGAAAUCAAUACAGACCAAAUAAUGAUGUGGUUAAUUGCUUUUAAUAAUAAUAAACACUUUUUCUGAUAAGAAUAAUUUGUCAAACUCAGCUAGAAUUUUAUUACGAUUUAGUACUUUUCCAAAUUGCUACAGGAAAAAGAAAAUCGAUAAAUUACAACAUUUUGGCAAAAAACAGAAAUAUAAAUGAAUAUAAACAAGUUAAUAAACCAAAAAUAUAUAGUAUAUAGUAUUUAAACAUAUCAAGACAAAUUUAGCCUUUAUCAUACAUGGCCAUUAAAUAGACAUAAUUUGAACGAGAGCAAAAUAUUGAGUUCACAAGGGGAACAUACGUUUUAAGAAUGUCAUGUAUAUUCCAAGGCUGCUUGUUUAACAAAUCAUAUGGUCUGCGGUCAAUCAGGUUAAUAACAUUAAAUCCCAAUUUAAAUGCUACCUAUGUAGCUAUGGUUGGCUGCUCUCACAUGAGAUCUAAGAUAUUUGUAGAUUGUAGUUUUUUAUCUUGUGACUUAAUUAUACACAAUGAUAAAUCAUUAGACUUACAGUUGGAAUUAAGUGAAAUUAUAUCCCCCUUUCAACUGGUUUAAUCGGACCCUGUUGGUAGUCUGGAAUGUUUCAUCUACUUAACUAAUAAUCUUGUUUUAUGUACUACAAUAACAUCAUUUUUCGGAGGGAUUUGGAUAAAUGGUAAAUAGUCUAUAUCUAGCGGUGUUCUAGUCUGGCUCACCACUGAAAGUGCUUUACUGUUAUGUGUUUUCCAUUGACCCUCUUUAACUAAUUCAUCAUUCAAUGCAGGACUUUCUCUAUGAGAAUGGGGAAUUUGAGGUUCAGUAUCUUUCCGAAGGAAAAAUAUAGGGAAGACUGCUCUACCUAUGGUUUAGUUUACAUAAGCAAGAAAAACUAUAUGAAAAGUUAUGAUGGAGAGGAGGUAAUUAGAGCUUUUACUUAGACAAAACAUACAUUGAAUAAUUGGAACAAAGAAUAAAACAAAAAUACAGUUAUUCACUAUGACACUUUCACAAUUUAUUAUAUGAUUUAAGAUUUCGGAUAAGCCUAACGUCAUAGAUGCAUCAAUAAUUGUAUGUAUAGCUGAUCAAGUUGUUAGUAAUGUUAAUUGCUUAAUUAGCUACUCGGUUUAAUCUAUAUCUGCAUUAAAUUCUAAAAACUCAUCAAUUGUUCUGGGUGAAUUUUUCAAACUUGAAAGUAGUCACAAUUGAUGCACAGACCGGGAAAUUGUUGUUAUGUGUUUAAUUUAUUUCAAGCUGCCACUGGACGUGAGGGUCCUACCGUAGCUGUGUAUAACCUGAACAGAAGAUUCUUGCUGGUGAAGAAAACUCUGGCGCCUAUGUGCACCAGUCCUUUCUUGUAACAAUUUCAAAUACCCAUACAUUUUUAUGAUAAUGUGCACAGUAUGAUGCAAAUUUGUUUUAGCUUUCAUACGAUGAAAACAAAUUACACUCCGUAAGCCAUCUGACCUCAGAAAACAAGACACUGUGAGUGUGACAAAGUUUAUAUCACUGAAUGUAAAAUCUGAUGUUGAAACAUAUGUUGCUGGAUACAUACGUUUCCCACAUAAAGCCUCAUUGCUCUA